GCUCUGGUGCUCGCCGAGGACACUUCCUCGGGUGCACAGACCUUUCUGAUCCUGCCUUUGGAGCGGCUAGCCUCGGCUGCUCCAUUGGCCUGCCUGCCCCUUACCUGCUGAUUGCAUAUGAACUUUUCUUCUUUCUGCACACCGUUGUCGUCGGAGUCGUCGAGAUCGUCGUGGAGCUCCUGUGGUGGCCUUGGUCCGUUUAGAAUAGUGUAGUUAGUUAGGGGCCAUCGAAGAAGAAAGAAGAAGCGAUUAGUGCAGAGAUGCUGGAGGUGGUCAGUUACUAAGCUUAGAGUAAGACAGGGAAGCGAAGAGAGCCAAACCUAGCCGGGGGACGCACGGUUGCCCAGUGGAGGUCGACUUGCCGGCGCUUCCCAUCGCGCCGAGCUCCCUCCGUCCCUCAUUCCCUCAGCUGAGGCGCGAGGUUGCGGCGCGCAGCGCAGCGCAGCGCAACCGACUGCUGUGGGCUCCGCUGGGCGAUUGCAGCCGAGUCCGUUUCUCGUCUAGCUGCCGCCGCGGCGACCGCUGCCUUGUCUUCCUCCCGGACGCUAGUGGGUUAUCAGUUAAUACCUGCAAGCAUAGGCCAAUGAACGCCGACCUUCAUAAAUAAUUAAAGAUGAAACGAUGAAUCUGAUCUGUUAGUUUCCUCUUCUCAAUUUUAAUCUUUGGUUGCUUAAGACUGAAGCAAUCAUGGUGAACCUGAGGAACAUGGUGCGCUCGUUCCUUGUGCACCUAAUUGGCCUAUUGGUUUGGCAAUUUGAUAUUUCUGUGAGCCCAGUAACAGCUAUAGUAACUGACAUUUUCAAUACCUCCGAUGGUGGACGCUUUAAAUUCCCAGACCGGGUACAAAACUGGCCAGCAAUUUCAAUCGUCACAAUAAUAAUCAUGACAAUAGGUGGCAACAUUCUCGUAAUCAUGGCAGUUAGCAUGGAAAAGAAACUGCACAAUGCCACCAAUUACUUCUUAAUGUCCCUAGCCAUUGCUGACAUGCUGGUGGGACUCCUUGUCAUGCCACCAUCUCUGCUUGCAAUCCUUUAUGAUUAUGUCUGGCCACUACCUAGAUAUUUGUGCCCUGUCUGGAUUUCUUUAGAUGUUUUAUUUUCAACAGCGUCCAUCAUGCACCUCUGCGCUAUAUCGCUGGACCGGUAUGUAGCAAUACGUAAUCCUAUUGAGCAUAGCCGUUUCAAUUCGCGGACUAAGGCCAUCAUGAAGAUUGCUAUCGUUUGGGCAAUAUCAAUAGGUGUCUCAGUUCCUAUCCCUGUGCUUGGACUGAGGGAUGAAGACAAGGUGUUCGUGAACAACACGACGUGCGUGCUCAACGAGCCAAAUUUCGUCCUCGUUGGGUCCUUCGUGGCAUUCUUCAUACCGCUGACGAUUAUGGUGAUCACGUAUUGCCUGACGAUCCACGUUCUUCGCCGACAAGCUCUGAUGUUACUACACGGCCACACCGAGGAACUUCCGGGACUAAGUCUGGACUUUCUGAAAUGCUGCAAGAGGAAUUCAGCUGACGAGGAGAACUCUGCCAACCCCAAUCAAGAUCAGAACGCCGCCCGCCGAAGAAAGAAGAAGGAGAGACGUCCCAGGGGCACCAUGCAGGCUAUCAACAAUGAAAGAAAAGCUUCAAAAGUCCUUGGCAUUGUUUUCUUUGUGUUUCUGAUAAUGUGGUGUCCGUUUUUCAUUACUAAUAUUCUGUCUGUGCUUUGUGAAAAAUCCUGUAAUCAAAAGCUCAUGGAAAAACUUUUGAAUGUGUUUGUGUGGAUUGGUUACGUUUGUUCCGGAAUCAAUCCUCUGGUGUACACGCUAUUUAAUAAAGUUUACCGCCGUGCUUUCGCUAAUUAUUUGCGCUGUAAUUAUAAGGCUAAGAAAAAGCCUCCUAUCAGACAAAUUCCAAGAGUUGCUGCCACUGCUUUGUCUGGGAGGGAGCUUAAUGUUCAUGUUUACCGGCAUACCAAUGAACCUGUAAUUAAGAAAGCUGAUGACAAUGAGCCGGGUAUAGAGAUGCAAGUUGAAAAUUUGGAGCUCCCAGUAAAUCCCUCUAAUGUGGUUAGCGAAAGAAUUAGUAGCGUGUAACAAAGAGCAACACAUUCUUUUCCUACAUGAAGCUACACAUGUAGGAAAUUUUCUCCUUUCUUCUGUCGGUCAUAACAAUGUAAAUAUUGCUGUCUGA